AUGUUCACGGCAGAUGCCAAGCCUGUACCUGUAGUGGAAAGGAAAUCAGAGAGCGACGAAGAAUCGUCCACAAGUGAAAGUGAAGAGGAAUCCGAAUCUGGCGAGCGACAAAGUGGAUCGGAAUCUUCUACUUUUACAAUUUCAUCCGAAGGAAGCGGGAAUGAAGCUGAGCCGCAGCCAGAGGAACCCCUUUUGAGAAGGCGUACGACUCGACAAGCAGCUGUAGAAGCACAACCAAGCACAACCGCCGAUCCCGAUCAGUAUCAAGGAGACAAUCCCUGGGAAAAGGAGUAUCCAAUCCGUGACAAAGAAGCCCUCAGUAUGAUGACUGGUGCUAAAUACAGUACCGUCCAAGUCACCUCCUUGGCACAUAUGGCUAAUGAGCACGUACUUUUCGCUCCCAGCCCGCGCCAG